AUGACAGACAAAGUGGGCGAACCCCAAUAUCACUCCCUUUCCCUGGCCUACCAGACCUAUUUGAGACAUGAUCAAAAGGAACAGAACCACUGGGACGAUGUUUGUCGGGCCUUUCGACAAUAUGCUAGCUUCGGAAUGGCUCAAUGGGCCAACCAUCAAAACAGAUUCCAGUCUCUCCCCGAAGUCCAACAAAAAGUAUUGCCCAAAGCACUGCGCAUCGACACGGAGGAAUAUCAAAUGAGAGCCACACAAUACAAAGAAGCCGCCAUUCGCAAUCAUCCAUCAUCACCAUCGCAACCCAUUAUGGAUUCCACCAUUGUUUCCGACAGUCAAUUAUCCAAAACGUCGUCCGUCCUCAAGAGUUUAGCUCGAGAUUGGUCCGCCGAAGGAAAACCAGAACGAGACAUGGCAUACGGGCCACUCAUCAAACAGCUCAAGCAAUACGUGCCACUGCCGAGAGGAGACGAUGUCGGCAAGAAGCCACCGCCUAGAAUAUGUGUGCCAGGUGCAGGGGUGGGACGGUUAGCCUUUGAUAUCACGGCCUUGGGGUACUCGGUCCAAGGCAACGACUUUUCUCUCUUCAUGCUCUUGGCAUCGGAUUUUAUCCUCAAUGGAGGUGUGGCAACUCCCGAGCAUCCCAUUAUGAUUUCACCAUGGUUGCUAGAGUCUAGAAACGUACAUUCGCCCACGGAUCCACUACGCAUUGCAAAAAUACCAGACGUUGAUCCAUACACCGUCUUGUCGGAACGAGUCAACAUUGACGAAAAUGAUGCCGAGUACAUUCCAGAAUUCUCCAUGGCAGCAGGAGAAUUCGCAGCCAUUUACAGCACGGAAAGGGAACAGAGUCAGUGGGAUGCCGUCGUUUGCUCCUUCUUUCUAGACACGGCUCCCUCCGUUGUGGAAUACAUUCAAAUCAUAUACGACAUGUUGAAACCGGGUGGCUUUGUCAUGAGCUUUGGUCCGCUCCUGUAUCAUUGGUCGGGGCCGGCCAUGCGACCAGACGACAAGACUCUGUCCGACUACCACGAGCGAUACUCCUAUUUGGACGUGCGGUAUUUGAAUAGUGUCGAUUUGUGCUGGGAAGACGUUCGUGAAACCUUUAUCAAUGUGGGUUUUGAAAUGGUGGAAGAAAAGGCGGGAGUGCACUCCUUGUACACGGCCGAUCGGCGGUCCAUGAUGAACAUGAGUUAUCGAUGUGUCAGUUUUGUGGCCCGGAAAAAAGUUCGGCUGCCGGAACCAGGACAACGAUCGUCGGCAGCAUCGCAUGGUAGUGGAGGAAACUCGUCAUUAUCGAGUUCUGCCAAGAGCUAA